UCACCACAACCGAAACCCCCGCGAACUCUCCACAUUCGGUGGACCUCUCUGCACCUUCGCGAAGCUCUUGUCCGACUUGAUUCCGUUGCUCAGUUGAUGAGCAGCGGAGCGCCAACCGGAAGAUCAUAGCACCUGCGGCAUCUUGCGCUUUGGCAAUUGGAACACUUUGCAGUCAUGGCACCAAAAUCGCUCACUCUUCGGCCUCGACAGGAAUUGCCCUCAGCUGAGCUUGUGUCUGUGCCUCCGCCCACACGUACGUCUGCGCCAUGGCCUUACCCCGCCGCUGCCUUCUGCGUUAUGUUAGCCCAGACAGACUCUCCAUCCCUAACCGAUAUGCAUGACGCCCUAAAGGCUGGAGCGCACCCCAAUGCCGCGGUUUGCGAAUUCGACGAUGGCGAAAAUAUCUAUUAUCGCCCACUGGACUCAAAUGAGGAUGACCCUGUCCCGAGGAAACACACCACUACGGGAAUCGUUCCCAAGCGUACUCCCCUAAAUCCUUUUGGCACGCCUGUUCGUCCCGCGAAACCAAGACUAUAUGAUUAUCGAGUAAGAACGAUAUGGGUUCCCCUGAUUCACGCCGCUACUACGUUGAAUGGGCCAAUGAUCGAGCUCCUCGCGGACUGGGGUGCCCGUUUCGACAAAUCUCUGGAACCUAUUCAUAUCGAUUUUCGGUGGCCGCUCCUCAAUCCUUUUUAUCUGUCCAUCACGAAUCAGCGGAUAGACAUUCUUAAGCUUUGCCUCGGCCUCACCGGUCACUCAGAUCGUUUUGCAAAAGAAUGGCUAAGCGCGUGCCUCCCCAUCGCCCUCGAAGAAAACAACAACGAAGCUGCAAAGCUUCUGUUGCAUCACGGAGCUACGUUCCAUCAGACUAUAUUGUCGAAUAUCACAGAAAACAAUAUGGAUAUGCUCGUGCGGGAAGGUUUUAGUCGGGCAAUCGUGACGCAGGAUGGGGUCUUACUCCCAACGAGGAAGCGAGACAGCGCUGACUUGGAGCCGACGACAACGUCUGGUCCCUCUAAGAAGGGUCCUCGAUCUCCAACAACCUACUGUCCUGGAUGCGAGGAGGUGGUCACGACUUGCGGGCGACGUCCCUCGACCCCUAUUGUAACGAGAUUGUCUGACCCGUGCAGGACAUGCCAAAUGUGUGGUCUCUUGGAGGACUGCCGUGCAAGCAUAGAUAUAUCCGCAUACCCAGCUGUCACCUUCAAGCUUUCACAGAACGUAGAAGCCAGAACCGAGGAACUUGUCAUCAAGCUUGGCCACAAUGAAUUUCGCCAUCCGUUAACGCAGUUAACCGAUGACUGGCAUCAAUGCCUUGAGGAUAUCAACUCCGAGUUCGACGAUUCUAGCACCCAGUCUAAAGCCGCCUAUGCAAUGGCUACCAGGUGGCUACAGUCUUGCCUCAACGAUCAUGUAAAAUGCAACUCCCAUUCGGGGUCGGAGUUCUCACCAACGAGACUUGUCGACAUCAGUAUGCUGAAUAGCUCCGGAAACCCCAGGCUUGUGCAACCGCAGAAUCCCGGUGAGCCUUAUGUAGCUCUGAGCCACUGUUGGGGACUAGGAGGUCUCCCGCGUACCACCCUUGCCAAUUUGCAGGAACGAAUGCAGUCUAUCUGUCUGGAAGAGCUAUCGCUUACAAUAAGGGAGGCAAUCUCUAUCGUCAAAACUCUUGGGUUCCGCUAUUUAUGGAUUGACGCGUUGUGUAUCAUCCAAGAUUCCACUGAAGAUUGGCUGGCUGAAGCCUCUAAAAUGAGCAGUGUCUUUAGCGGAGCCGCAUUCACACUAGCAGUUGCCGACUCUGUCAGCCAUUCCGAAGGAAUCUUUCGACCUCGCGAGGCACAAUGCAUCAGACCAUUCCGCUUCGAACGCUUUCGAGAUGGGACGAAUCUCGACCGGGGCUUCUAUGACGGCGAUAGAGAGAUUUACGUAUUUCCUUUCACUAAGCGGGCUUAUCAAGGGGCUCGCCCAAAAGGGCCUUUAGAUAAGCGAGGCUGGGUGCUUCAGGAACAGAUCCUUUCACCUAGGAUCCUUUACUAUGGCCGCGGUGAACUUUUUUGGGACUGCGUCACUCUAUCCGCUUCGGAAUCUUCACCAGUAUGUGUAUCUUUACUCGCGGACAGCGAUCCAGAAGAGACCUGGGCUCUGAAGCUUCUUCGACGGACGAUCGUCGGAGCAUCUGAUCCAAACGUAUUGCGCAGGCGAAUACACGAUGCCUGGAACCAGGUUGUCAAGAAUUAUACGGCGAGGAAGCUCACGAAACAAGGGGAUAAGGUAAUUGCUUUGGAGGGUAUCUUGGACUCAGUAGCGAAGAUCUUGAACGAUACCCCUAUCGCGGGCAUGUGGAGAAGCGGCCUGUGGAACCAGUUACUGUGGUGGAUGGAGAAGCCGGCGGAGAAGAUGGAAACGCUACAGAACGGCUCGAAGUACGAGGCCCCGUCAUGGUCAUGGUUGAACGCAGAUGGCCCAGCUUUCUAUCACAACUCUCUCCAUGGCGAUCGGUCACACGAGGACGCCAAACCACCGGACUUCACUGACCUACGCCCAGUAGUUGACAUCAUUGAUGUUCACACGGAAACAAUUUCUCGCGAAGUCGGAGUCCGUGGCACACUCACAUUGACAGGACCAUCCUUUUGCUACCGCAUCAUUGCCAACGACUUCAAGAAACCAAUAUGGAAGCGCUGGAAUCAGACCAAGCUAAAGCUCAACCCCGGACGUUGGAUGCUCGAUGAUAAGAUCGAUCUGCCUUUAGAGGUCCAGUGCGUUGUCAUAGCUGAAGACGAGGUCGCAAAGCUGCUUGUGUGCCUUUGCCUAGUGCCUGUAGACGACACCGACAAAGAGUGGAAGAGAGUCGGAGUUUGCCAUUGGGAGGGGUUGAGACAUCAGAUCUCUGGGUACUCGGGAGAAGAGCCAGUCAAAAGGACUUUCAUGGUGAUCUGAAAGGAGGAGGCAACAGUGGAGUUUCUCUGAUGAGCGGCCGUCCGUGUCACCGUUAUCCCCGGCUGUUGUCUAACCCUGCUCACUAUGGUGCUUCGCACAACCCUUCACAUCUUGCGCACUCCAUGACGUCGCGUGCCGAUCCAAAUGACGAGAGCUCGGCAGAGUUAACCUAACAACCUUGACUCUU